AUGCCAGGGACACAGCUUGGCAGGGAGGCAGAGAGCUGUAUCUCUGCUGAGAGUGGUCUGUCUAAGGAGAGCUGUAUCUCUGCUGAGAGUGGUCUGUCUAAGGGGAGCUUUAGCUCUAUAGGGGGUGGUCUGUCUAAGGGGAGCUUUAGCUCUAUAGGGGGUGGUCUGUCUAAGAGGAGCUUUAGCUCUAUAGGGGGUGGUCUGUCUAAGAGGAGCUUUAGCUCUAUAGGGGGUGGUCUGUCUAAGAGGAGCUUUAGCUCUAUAGGGGGUGGUCUGUCUAAGAGGAGCUUUAGCUCUAUAGGGGGUGGUCUGUCUAAGAGGAGCUUUAGCUCUAUAGGGGGUGGUCUGUCUAAGAGGAGCUUUAGCUCUAUAGGGGGUGGUCUGUCUAAGAGGAUCUUUAGCUCUAUAGGGGGUGGUCUGUCUAAGAGGAGCUUUAGCUCUAUAGGGGGUGGUCUGUCUAAGGGGAGCUUUGGCUCUAUAGGGGGUGGUCUGUCUAAGGGGAGCUUUAGCUCUAUAGGGGGUGGUCUGUCUAAGGGGAGCUUUAGCUCUAUAGGGGGUGGUCUGUCUAAGGAGAGCUGUAUCUCUGCUGAGAGUGGUCUGUCUAAGAGGAGCUUUAGCUCUAUAGGGGGUGGUCUGUCUAAGGGGAGCUUUAGCUCUAUAGGGGGUGGUCUGUCUAAGGGGAGCUUUAGCUCUAUAGGGGGUGGUCUGUCUAAGGAGAGCUGUAUCUCUGCUGAGAGUGGUCUGUCUAAGAGGAGCUUUAGCUCUAUAGGGGGUGGUCUGUCUAAGAGGAUCUUUAGCUCUAUAGGGGGUGGUCUGUCUAAGAGGAUCUUUAGCUCUAUAGGGGGUGGUCUGUCUAAGGGGAGCUUUAGCUCUAUAGGGGGUGGUCUGUCUAAGGGGAGCUUUAGCUCUAUAGGGGGUGGUCUGUCUAAGGAGAGCUGUAUCUCUGCUGAGAGUGGUCUGUCUAAGAGGAGCUUUAGCUCUAUAGGGGGUGGUCUGUCUAAGGGGAGCUUUAGCUCUAUAGGGGGUGGUCUGUCUAAGGGGAGCUUUAGCUCUAUAGGGGGUGGUCUGUCUAAGGGGAGCUUUAGCUCUAUAGGGGGUGGUCUGUCUGACGUGGUGGUGAGGGUAAUGGUGGUUGUGGUGAUGGGGAUGGUGGUGAUGGGCAACAAACAGGAUACAGAGUUGGAGAAGAUAUGGUAA